AUGAAAUAAUUAUUCCUGAAUUACAGGCAUAAUAAUGAAAUGAGAAAAUACACAUAUCAAGUAUUAUAUAAAUAGUUAAUAAGAUUUAAUUUAGAAAUGGGGAGACAGUUUCAUAUGAUGGAUUCUUAGAAAAUGAAAAUAAAAUUUAGAGGAUAAAUUAUACUAUUCUUUUUCCUUGGAGAGUAAUUAAAGAAAACAUCUUUUACUUUUUACUUCUUAUAUUAUAGGCAUUUUCUCAUUUACCUUUGUAUUUUGUGAUGAUUCCUUUAAUUUUACAAUAAUGGUUUGUUGAUUUACAUAAUUGUUUAAAAAUACGAAAAAUGGAUAAAAUGAUAAAAUAAUAAGAAGCCAAAAUUAUUAAGUAGUGGGAUGAAUGUAUUGUUAAUAAGGAAAUCAUUUCUAAAAUAAAAGAAAGAUUAAAUUAAUAAGAUUAAAGUGAAAGUAAUCAAAGAUUAAAGAGUAAAUCUUAAGUUGAUAAGAAUUCAUAAAAUAAGAAAAUUGAAUAUGUUUAGAGUCAAAAGAAAGGAAUUUCAAGAUCAAUAUUAUGUAAUAUAAAUUAUUAAUCUAUUUUAGCAAAUGAUUCAAUACCAUUUUAAUCAAUCUAAUAUAAAUAACAAUAAAGUAACAAAAAUAUUAAAGCAUCUGAAAAUAUAAAGAAAUAUAAUUAAAUGAGUCCAUUAAUUUAUAAAGAUAUGGCUUUAAAAUUACAAUAAAUUUAAAUUAUGGAAACUGAUCUAUUGAUUAUUUAAUUUAAAAUGAAAGUUCCAAGUAUAUUUCCAAAAGAUUUGGUAUAAACAACAACAAAAAUACCAUUAAAUGAGAAAUUAAAGAGAAUGGAAAAGGAUAAAAUGAAUUUAAUUAAAUAUUAAAAUGCUGAAGAAAUUAAAAUAGGAGAUGUUAUAUUAUUAUAAAGAAAUGAAAUAGCACCUUGUGAUAUAAUUGUAUUACAUUGUAAUGAUGAAAAUUUUUGUGUUUAAUAAUAAUUAUGUGAUUAUUCAUAAUAUACUGUAAGAAAACCAGUAGUAUAGAAUAGAUGUAAAAAUUGAAUUUAUUAUUUUAGCUGAUUCAUAAACAUUAGCUUAAUUCAAAAAAUCUUUGACUGGUAAUAUAGUAUUUCAUGAAUAGAAUUCUUAAAUAAAAGGAUUCUUUUAAUUAAAAAAAGAUCCUUAAUCAAAAACACUUGGAUAUGAAAAUUUUAUAUUCUGUUAAGAGAAAUUAUUGGCUACACCUUGGAUUUUGGGGAUAGUUGUAAAAGUUGGCAAUAGUUGUUUCUGUUAUACAAAAUUAUAAGGAUAAUUAAGAUUUGAUAAUAAUUAAUACUUUGGAUUUUACUUAUUAAUUUGUAUAAUUAUGAUUGUAAAUAUUUGUACAUAUAUAUAUCAUAGAUAUAAAUAAUAGUAUUCAAUUAAAAUGAAUAUUUAUAUGAAUUGAGAUCAAUAACAUAAAUUAUAUUGGAUAAUUGCAUUUAUUUAAUUUUAAUGAUACCUCAUUUCUUUAAGAUUUAUUAUAAUAUUUGUAGUUUAUUUUAAUUAUAAAUAAUUGGUACAAUAGAUUAAAAAUAAAUUAUGUCUUGUCAUAUUGAUAAAUAUUUAGAAAAAUAAUAUCUAACUAUUAGUGUUGAAGCAUUUAUAGAAUAAUCAUUUAAACUUAAACGUAUAAUUUAUAAUAGUUAAUAUUGUGAUUUUGAAGAAUCAAAAUUCUUACAAUUUUUAGAAACUGCAGAAAAGGGUAUAAAUAAAUAAGAUUAAGGUAAAAUAAUAAUAUACAUAUAUUAGAUAAAAUAAAUAAUUAAUUAAAUUCUUAAGUCUUAAAUUAUGAUAUGUAGAGUUCAAGUUCAGAAAUCUUAUUUAGUUAAAGAGAAUGUAUUAUUAAUUAAAUUCCAAAAUCAUUUGAAGGUAGGUGUGUACAUUAUUAUUAAUAAGAUUAUAAAUCUGAUUUAAAUUUAAAUUAAGAAUAAUUAAUUUUAUAAGAGUAAAUUUAACAUGACAAAAAUAUAUUUGAAAAUUAAGAAAUAGGAGAUCAUUUGACAGCUUAACGUCAAUCAAAUUAAUAAAAAAGUUCAAAAAUAUAUUAAUCAUCUAAAGAUUAAUUAAAAUAAGAUAAAUAUUUAAUUGAUGAAAAUACUUUAUAUAAAUCUAUGAUACAAAAUAAUUCUAAUAAUGAUCUAAAUCCUUUAUUUUUAUAAUUAGCUAUGAAUCAUCUUGCAUUUUCAAAAUUAUUAAUAACUGAAAAAAAAGAAUAGAAAGUAAAAAAUAAAUUUCUUGGUUUACUUGAUUAAAAAUAAGUAAAUUUAGCUAAAAAAAUGGGUUAUGAAUUUAUUUGCGUAAAUAAUGUUUAGUAAUAUUUUAAUAAUAUUUUAUAGGUAAUAAUAACAUUAUAUUAUAUAAAUUAAUAAAGAACUUUAUUCAUUUAAAUUGGUUAAUACUAAAUUACAUAUCUAAAAUUAAAGAUUGUAUAUGUUAUUUGAAAUGGAUGAUUAAUCUUAAGAAGCUGAUUAUCAAUUCAUUUUAUUUUUGAGAGAAGCUAAUGUAAGGAAAAAUGAAAGUAUUGAGGAUAAGGUACUUAAACAUUAAUCAGAUUCUUUACAUUAUAUAUAUUAUUAUUAUUGUUUUUUGAGUCAAAAUGAAGCUAAUGUAUAUUUAUCUUCUGCAGAAAGUAAUAUAUCAGAAAAUUAAUUGUAUACUUUAAUGGAAUAAUUACUUAAAUUGAAUAUUAUUUUUGGUUUAAGUUAUGAAUUAAAAUAGGAUUGUCAAGAUUUUAUGAAAAAUAUUAGAAAAUCAGAUUAUUAAUUAUUUAUUUAUACUUAAAAUUAAUAAAUAUCAGCUACAUCUAUUUUAUAUUAAUCUGAAUUAUUAUAAUCAAAUGAUUUAAUAUUUCAUUUUAAUUAAUAAAAUGAAGAAGAUUUAAGAGCAUAUUUUAAAUAAUGUUUAGAAGAAUUUUCUAAUUAAUUUUCACAUGCUAGUAUAAAUAGUUCUUAAUUUAUCAAAAUAUCUAAUUAAAGUGUUUAAAAAUCUAAUGAAACAGAUCAUAUUGAAGAAAAAUCAAGAACAAAAAAAGUUGUUGUCAUAUUAAAUAAUUCAACAUGUUAAUAAAUAAUGGACAAUACUUAUUUUAAAAAUCAUUUAAAAUUAUUACUAAAUUUUACUAAAGUAUUAUUUCUAUAUUAAGCAACUUAAGAUCAAUUAAAUAUUGUUUAAGAAUUAUGGUGUAUAUCUGGAAAAACAAUUAAUUUAAUUUAUGAAAAUCAAAGUUUAUUAAGAUGUAUCAAUGGAUGUUAACUUUAAAUAUUAUAAUUACAAGAAUUUAGUUUAUUUAGAAAUUAAAAAUUUGGAGAAGUAAAUAGGAAGAAUUUCUUUAAAAAAUUAAGUUUAUCAUUGAGAUAAAGAUUAAUUUAUGAGAAAUGUUAUUUUAAUGAAUUGUAAAUUAAUUCUAAUACAGAUGUAAUUAUAUAAGGUUUCAAAGAAUUAGAUAGAUUACUAUUCUUUUAAAGUCCUUUAUUAAAAAUAUUGUUUAGAUCAUUAUAAUAAUAAACUAUUUAUAAAACAAUAACAUUUAUCUCUUAUUUUACUUUUACAUCAAUUAUUUAUACAUGGAAUACUUUAGAUUAAUAAAAUUAUUUAGUAGAAAUAAUAUUCUAUUUUUAUAUUUAUUAACUCUUUUUAUUUGUUAUUUAACAUUAUUAAUUUCUUAAUGAUUCAAAAUAAUUAUUAUAUAAUAAGGAUUAAUCCCUUUUACUUUAAAAAUACUCUAAACAUUAAUCUGAAACUGAAAUAUAAAUAACAAUUAUAAUCAAGAAUAUUUUAUAAGGAAUAUUGAUUUCAUGCAUAUUCCUAUAUGACAUUUAUUCUCAAGAAUUUUACUUAUAUAUUUUUAUGUCAAUAAGUAUUAGUGAUUGGCUUUACUUAAUAAUAAAUUUUGGAUUUAAAUUUAAAAUAUUAGCUUCAUGUAUUUUUACUAUUCUAUUUUAUAUCUACACAUUAAUAGAUUCUUUAGAAAAUAAAGAAUGGCAAAAUUAAAUAAGCACAUAAGAAGUCUUUUCUAUUAUUUUAGGAGUAUCAUUUUUAUUAAUUACAAAUAUUUUAUCUGAUUAUCUAUAAAAUUAUAGUUUAAAUAAUCUACCUACAAGUGAAGAUGAAUUUUUAUCAUAUUUAAAUUAUAUACAUUUAAUUAGUGCUCCAGCUUAAAAAAAGAAAACUGUAACUAUUUUAUAGAAUAAAGUAAAUGAUCUUUUUGAUAAUAUUGAGUAAGUGGAUUUGAGCAUACAAAAAUGUAUAUAUUUAUUUAUUACUAUUAGUAUUACUUAAUGAACCUAAUUAUUAAAGUAGAUUUGGAUAAUGGACUUAAUAAAUAUUUCAUAAGGCAUAGACUAUUUUAUAAUGGAAAUAAAAAUAAAUAGUAUAAUGUCUUUAAUUGUUAUUUUAUCAUUGUACAUUUUUGUUAAUAAUGUAUUUCUAUUAGGAUAAAAAUAAUUAUUUUUUAGUAGAUUAUUUAAUAGUUUUUGGUCUUUAAGCUAUUGUGUUUAUUGUGUUUACAUUUAUUCAAUUACCUACAAAUAAAUAACAUUAUUUAGAAUAUGCUAAAUUUAUUAUUGCAACAGCUGCAACAAUAUCAAUUUUAUUUACAUAAAACACUUAAGAACAUAUUGGUUCUGCUUUGGUUAUGUAAUAUUUUAUUACUUAUAAAUUAUCCAUAAAAUUUCAUCCUAUUUAUGAUUAUAGAACUUAUUUAGGUUCAGCUUUAAUAAUAAUUAUUGGUUACAUAAUAUGGUAUAUUAUAGAAAAUGAAUCAAAUGUUUCUUUUUUAAUUUAAAUAUUGCAAUUUAUAAUCAUAUUUUCAGCAUCUCAAUAUUUUAUAAAGAGUUAUGUAAUAAUAUAUAUCAUUAUAAAAAUUAGUAUAUAUAAUUAGAAGAAGAUUAGGCUUAAAACAAAUUAAAUUUUAUUGAGUAAAAUAAUAAAAUUAAUGAUAUACUUGGAAUUUUAUUACCAAAAUUUAUAAGAGAUAGAUUAAAUGAAAGUAUUUUAAGUUAAAUUAAUAAUUAUAGCUGAUUAGUACAAUAUUCAUUAAAACUAAGGCUUAGUAGCAAUAGUAUUUUGUGAUAUUUGUAAUUUUGAUUAAAUGGUCAUAGAAGAAAAGGAUAAAAUUAUUCCAUUUUUAGAUGAUAUCUUUAGAACUUUUGAUAAAUAUUGUUAAAUCUAUGGAGUGUAAAAAAUAGAAACAGUUGGAAAAACUUAUUUGGCAUCAGCUGGAUUGAAGGCAUGUGAAUAAGAAUUAACAUAUUUGUCAUAAGUUGAUCCUGUUUAAAGAGCAUUAAAUUUAGCUGAAUAAAUGAUGAAUUACAUUAGAUCAAAAUAGUAAUCAAUUUAAAUAUAUCAUUUAGGUGGGGUACUUAAGGAUAAUAAUUAAUUGGAAAGAUUGGAAUCCAUUAUGGAGGUGCCAUUAGUGGAGUCAUAGGUUAUCAUAAACCAUAAUUCUCUUUAAUUGGAGAUACUGUAAAUACAACUAGUAGAGUAUGUUCUACAGGAUUAGAGGAUACUAUAACAUUAUCAGAAUAAGCAUUUGAUUAAAUUAAAAAUGAGAAUAUUGAAUUUGAAAUAAGAAAUGUAGAAAUGAAAGGAUUGGGUAUUAGACCAACUUAUAUAUUUAAAUGUAAGAUGUAAAAUAAAGAUAAUAAUCACUCCAUAUAAUAUGAAUAGGAUUUGUAAAGUAAAGAUGCAAGAAGCAAUUAUGUAGUUAGAAAGAAUCCAGAAUUAUUGAAAAAAAACUUAAAAAAGAGAAAGACAAUUUUAACUUAUAUUGAUACAAUGAAUCAAAAAAGGGAAUCAAUUUAAGAUAAUGGUACUCAUAAUGUUUUUGGUAUCAAACCUACUGAUCCUGCCUUUUAUUCAUCAUAAGAUGAGAAUUUAUAAGAGUCUUUAUAAUUAAUAUAAAAACAAAGUUCUGAGGAUAAACAAAAAAAACAAUAAUCAUUGUAAUAGCCAAGUACAUUUAAAAGAUUAAUAACUAUGUUCUAGAACAGAUUUUAAUUAGAAAAUUAUGAACCAGAAAUUGAUGAGAUGAUAGAUUAUGAAUAAUUAUUGGUAUUGUCUAUAUAAUUAAUUAGAGAAUGUAAUUUUAUUAAAGAAUGAAUAUACUUUAGAACAUAACUUAAUAAAAGAAACUUCAUUCCUUUAGUUAUUAGAGAUAUCUUAUUAUAAGAAAUAAAUGAAUUAGUUUAUAAGUUAUGAUUAGUAUAUGGAAUUUGUGAAAAUUUAAUCUAAGAGUCAAACAAUUUAUAAUUUAAGGUUAUAUGCUUUAUAUUAUAUGAUAAAAUAAUUUUGUUAGAUAUAAUUCUAUAAUGAUUACAAUAUUGGCCUUAUUGUUUUAUAAUGGUUAUGUUGUAUAAUGAACUUAAUUCAAUUUUUAAUUAAUAGAAAACCUAAUUUUGAGAAAUGGAAAAUAUUAAUAAAAAUCUUAUUAUUUUUUUAAGUAAUAUUAGCUGGAAUAGUUAUAGUAUUAGAAGAUAAUGAUGAAUUAAAAAAUGUUCAUGUAUAUGAGAUAGUUUUCAUAUAAUGUAUAUUUUGUAGUAUUUAAAUACUUAGUUUUUGGGUAAAAGUAUUAUUUUGUUUUUUCACUUACUUUUACUCAAUAAUAAUCAUUAUAAUUGAUGGAACUUAAUUAAUUAGUAUAUUUUUCUUUUUUGUAAGUUCUAUGUAUAAUUUAACUUUGAUAUUAUUUAUUGAAUAAUAAUAAGUAAGUUGUUUUAAUUAAAAAAAUAUAUUUAAAACUCAAUAAUAAAAAGAAUCAUAAUUACUUUAAUAUUUAUUGCCAAAACAUAUUUUAAAUAAGUUUUUAGAUGAUAAAAUAAAUAAUAUAGGAAUUUGUGAUAAAUUAGAUAAAUUAACAAUCUUAUUUGCUGAUAUUGCUGGUUUUACUGAAUAUUCAAGUAAAGUAAAUCCAGAAGAUGUUUUAGUUAUGUUAAAAAAUCUUUUUGUUGAAUUUGAUAGAAAAUGUUGUGAAUUGAAUGUCUAUAAAUUAUAUACAAUAGGAGAUUGUUAUGUUGCAAUUGGAAUGAUUGAUUAUAAUAAUAGAAAUCCUCAUUAAGAAGCAAAAAACAUAGUAGAUUUAGCUUUUGAGAUGAUUAAAAUAAUAGCUUAAGUGAGAAAACAAAUUAAUUUUGAUGGAUUAAAUAUGAGAAUAGGAAUACAUACAGGAUCUGUUUUUGGAGGAGUUAUGGGUACAGAUAUUGUAAGAUAUGAUAUCUAUGGACCAGAUGUGUUAAUUGCAAAUAAAAUGGAAUCUAAUGGAGUUAAAGGUUUUGUGCAUGUUAGUUAAGAAACAAAAGCAUAUUUAGAAUAAGAUUAUGAUGAUCUAUUUAAUUUUGAAUUGCAUAAAACAAUUGACCUUAAAACUAUUUAAAGAUAGAUUGAAGGAUUUCUAGUACAUAAAUUAGAACAGGAUCAUUUUCCAGAUGAAGAAGAUUAAUUUUUAAGUUCUUGA